UCUUCCUCUCUCUCCACACCGCCCACUCUCACUCACCGCCGCCUCGCCGGCUUCUUCUCCCCGUCACAUCGUCUGCUACCCCCUUUUUUCUGCAUUUUUUGGUGGAGAAACACCGCGCAUUCUUUGGACCAAAACAGCAAAAACACAAACCCACCACCAUGGCGAGCACCGAGGAUAAAGUGGUGGCGAAACAGGAGAAUGCGACCACCUGGAAGGACUCCUUCUACAACCCGAGGACCGGGGAGUUUAUGGGUCGCACGGCCAGCAGCUGGGCCCUCAUCCUGCUCUUCUACCUGGUGUUCUACGCCUUCCUGGCUGGGAUGUUCGCGCUGACCAUGUGGGUGAUGCUGAUGACUCUGGACGACAACGUGCCCAAGUACCAAGACCGCGUUCCCUACCCAGGGUUGGCGAUUCAACCAAAUUCACUGGAUAUUAUCUACAAUAAAUCUGAACCAUUAAAAUACGCCCCGUAUGUCCAGAAGCUGGAAUCCUUCCUGCUGAGUUAUAAUGAUACCGAGCAGGAGAAGAAUGAGGAGUGCACUCGAGGAGAGUACUUCCUGCAGGACGACGCUGAGGACAUGGAGAAGAAAGCGUGCCGCUUCAAGAGGGGCUUCCUGAGUCUGUGCUCCGGCCUCUCCGACACCAACUUCGGAUAUUCUGAGGGGAAACCGUGCAUCCUGCUUAAAUUGAAUAGGAUCAUCGGACUUAAGCCUCGUGGGGAUCCCUACAUCACCUGCGCAGUCAAAAAAGACGAACCCAUUCAAAUGCAGUAUUUCCCCCGUGAAGGCAGCAUUGAUAAGAUGUAUUUCCCCUACUACGGAAAGAAAGCCCAUGAGACCUACGUUCAGCCCCUGGUGGCCGUGAAGCUGCUGCUCACCAAAGAGGACUACAACAAGGAACUGGCGAUUGAGUGCAAGGUGGAGGGCUCCGACCUCCGUAACAACGACGAGAGGGAUAAGUUCCUGGGCCGUGUCACCUUCCGGAUCAAGGUGGAGGCGUAGGUGGAGUAAAAGGACGAGAAACCCACGCAGAGGCUGACCAGGAUUUGAAAAAUAAAGAUAACAAAAACGUGUCAAAAACGUCACAAAAACUGCAUUUUUGGGACGUGGCCCAACAGUUUGUUGUAGAUAGGUUAGAUGCAGAUAUUGAAUGUCGCUUUGCUGACAUUCUGACCCUUCUUUCCUUCACGAUCUCCCCAAAGGUCAGACACAGGCUCUGCUUCCUGACCCCAUCAUCUCAUUCACCUGUUGCACUGCUCAUUCCUCACCCCUUUUAAUAUGUUUUAAUUUUUAGUAUUGAUGUGAUUUUGAACCGUAUAGCCAUUUCAACUAAGCUACAUGGAGCUGUUGUGUAAUUGCUGAUACAACUUUUUUAGUUUUGUUUUUUCUGCUCAUACCUCAUUCCAAUCUGUAUGAAUGAGCGCAUUGUCGCUGGAAGAUUCGUACCUUUCUGUAUAGUGUAAUUGAGAAAGUAGAACAUCACUUCAUCGCAUCACAAAGACGUCAUAGGAAACGUACCUUGAUAAUCAAGUAUAGCCACUGUAUCCCUGUAUAUGAAAUGCCAAUUACAAAGUCCCUUUCUACAUAUAAAUACAUUGUGAUCCUUAUCAUAUUUAGGGAAUUAUAGAUAGUUCUUCGUGUCGAGGCCUGCGUGGCCGCGACCCCUUCUUGUGCUGUCUGUCCGUCUUUCUGCAUGUCUGUCUGUUUGUCUGUCUGUCUGUCUGUCUGUCUGCCCGUCUGCCUGUCUUCCUGUUUACUCCACUGCAAUAGCCAACAUGUGGGCGGGCCCUCCGGGAGAAGCUGUCUCCACCUUCGCCGGGUGCUGCGCAGUGACGGUGGCUGAGGCAACACACACACCGAGAGAGUACAGUGUAAAAAAAACUAGAAAAAGUCGCAAAAUAAAAACUGUAACUAUGUACUGUAUAUCUAUCUGGGUCUCAACGAUUGUUCGUCAGUUUCUUCAGCCUGUUGAUCUGAUUGUCUGCCAAUCUAUUACUCUUCAAUGUAUAUAUAUAUACACACACACUAUCUACCAUAUUUACUUCACACUGUAUUUUUGUCACAAAACACAAUGUCUGUGCACUGUAAAGAAAUAAUUUAAGCAAAGAUUUACAGGAAAUUAUCUUAUUCAAAGCUAUGUUUACACAGUCUUAAAAGGAACCCUCAUUUGAAAGACCAUCUUGUAACAUCUCUUCAGGGUGCCUUAAGACCUGAUCAAAUAAAUUGUGGAAUAAAAGUGAUUUUGAAGAAAAAUA